UUAAGAGAAGAGGGGAAUUAAAACAAAAAGAUCGAAACACAGCAUGGAAGAGCCUCGCAAAGGAAAGGAGGAGAAGCGCGAGAAAGAAGAGAAGGGCAGGGAAGAAGUGCGUUACCGGGGGGUCCGAAGGAGGCCGUGGGGGAAGUUUGCAGCUGAGAUCCGAGACCCAUCAAGGCAUGGUGCUCGUCUGUGGCUUGGGACGUUCGAUACAGCUGAAGAAGCAGCUAGGGCAUAUGAUCGCGCUGCAUUUAACUUAAGGGGUCACCUUGCAAUUCUUAACUUCCCUAAUGAGUAUUAUCCUCAAGUCGCAGGCUUUCCACCUCAUCCUCCUCAAUUUUCAUUGUCUACUUCUUCUUCAGCUCCUAGUGGGAGUACUUCUGAGAGGGGAAGUUCAUCCACUGGACAACAAAGUCCAGUCUUCGAGUUUGAGUACUUGGAUGACCAAGUGUUGGAGGACCUUCUUGAGUCAGAAGAGGAGAAAAGGAAGCGAACGCAAGGCUGAUCGUAGAAGACAAUUAUAAGGUUUGAGUACUUUCUCCAUUUCUAUUUUUCUCCCGCCCCAGGUCCCAGCUUCUAAUUUUCUCAACCAUAUCAGUGAAUUUCAUUGCCAAAUAUAUAGGUUCACGUUCAUCGCAUGUUCUAGUGAAAAAUAAUGAGAAAAUAAAUUGGGUUUAGGGUUUGAUUGUUAGGAGAAAGUGGUAAA